CUUCCUAUCUUACGUUAGCCAAAAAGUUCCCAAAAAAAAAAACACUAUACAUAUCUAGAGAGAGAAAUAUUAGAAAAAAAAUAAAAAAAUGCUUCUCUUCUUAAAAUCAAUAAGUUUCAGAUCUUUGAAUCAUCAAGAUUUCAAGAACAAUAACAGCAGCUGCAAGGAAUUAACAACAACGUCGUCAUCAUCGUUGUCAUCAUCAUCGUGUAUAUCUUUAACAGUAUGGAGAAAAUCACUUAUAUUUAGCUGUAAAGGAUUUACAGUUAUUGGAUCCGAUGGAAAUUUAGUGUAUAGAGUUGAUAAUUAUUCUGGUAGACGUGACCAAACUAUUUUAAUGGAUGCUUCUGGCAAACCCAUUCUUACUAUAUGUCGGCAUAAGCAGAAACUAAGGAUAGUAGACAACAAUUGGUUCAUAUAUGAAGGAGAAGUACUUGGAGAUCAUGAUUACAACACCAACAACAAGAGAUCAUCAUCAAGAAAGAAGCCUAUAUUUUGUGUAAAGAAACAAAUGAAGAUUUUACAUAGUAAUAUUAAUGUACUUGCCCAUGUUUAUUAUCAUGGAACAUCAUCAGACAAGACAUAUUCUUAUAUUAUUGAAGGGUCAUAUGCAAACAGAACAUGUAAAGUGUUGGAUGCAAAAUCAAGAAAUGUUGUGGCAGAAAUUAGGAAGAAACAAGCAGUAAUUGGUGGUGUUACUUUUGGAUUAGAAGUUUUUGUAUUAGUUGUAAUGCCAGGAUUUGACUCUGGUUUUGCUAUGGCUAUGGUGUUGUUGUUAGACCAAAUGUUCUCCUAAGUGUUGUUUCAAUAUAUGUUGAUUAAUUUUAUGUAGUGAUCACUCAUUUGAGGAAAUGUGAUGUUUUCUCUUUAUUAUAUGAUCUUGGAUAAUAUAUCGUGAUCGUUUGAUAUAUGAGAUAGGUAGCUUUUAUGGUUGAA